AUGCAGUCUGACGACCUCUUCCUACGCAAGUUUUGCCGGCAGAGGCCACGACCCCCUCUGACAACGGUCAACUUUGACUCUAAGCGGGAGGGUGGGGUAAGGGCGCGGGUGGUGGCAGGGGAGUGGCCCCCGAGGAGGGAUGGAACAGAUGGGGAGAGUCUUACUACUCCGAGCUGUGUGGGUCUGAACCUGAGGUCAGUGGGCCGAGGACACAUCAUGCAGAGAAGCAACAGUGACGUGACGCUGGGAGACCUGGACUCCUCUGGUAAGGCGGGAGGGAAGGCAACACGGGCGGUGGGGGAGAAGGCAGGUGCCGGGGCCCAGGAGGACUCAGGGGUGGUGCUGCACAGGGAGUAUGGCAGCCUCUCCUCACUGGAGAGACAGAUAGGUCUGUCAGGAACCCAGGACCCGAGUGCAGAGGACCAAGGCGUUCUGAGCCCCAACGCCCUCCGCUUCAAAGACCCCUUUCUGCUGCUGGGCCUGCAGGGAACCCCCCCAGAGCCUGACGGCUUCUUCAGGGCUCUGUCCACCCCCGCAGGAGACACCCCAAAACCAGCCAAGCCCCCAAAGCCUGAGGGGCUGAGCAAGAAGGCCAAGCCCUCUCCUCCACAGGUCCCCCAACCAGGUCCUUAUGACAACCUGGGUGGAGGAGCCUGGGUCAGGAAUGUUGCCCACUAUGAUGUCCAGAGCAUUUUGUUUGACCUCACAGAGGCGGCCAGCAACCGAGACAGCAUCGGCCGCAAAAAGAACAUCACCUCAGGGGCAUCGGCUGCCUCGACGAUGCGUCCCCUCACCCAGGCCACGCCCUCGCAGAGUGGGGGCGGUGUUGGGGGGGCUGUGGAGGACCCCUCCCUGGACGAAGGAGAUGGCAUCGACAACGAGCUGCUGCUCAGCUGCCCCCACUUCCGUAAUGAGAUGGGGGGUGAAGAGCGGGUGGGCCUGGGGCAUACGCAGGGCAGAGGGGGUCUGUGGCUAAGCCUGAGGAACCCCAACGAUGCUGUCUCAGUACUGGAGGAACCCAGAGAGAGCCACGUCCAACAGCAGGGCAAGAGCAACUAUUUCAUAGAACACGCAGACCUGGGAGCCCACUACUACCGCAAAUACUUCUACAUGAAAGAUCAUCAGAACUUCUUUGGCAUGGAUGACCGCCUUGGUCCAGUGGCCAUCAGCUUCCGUAGAGAGGAGAAGGAGGGGUCUAGUGGAGCUCAGUAUAACUACAGGAUCAUCUUCAGAACCACUGAGCUGAAGACUCUGCGAGGCUCCAUCCUGGAGGAGUCCGUGCCCUCAGCGGCCCGCCACACCACCCCCCGAGGCCUGUCUCCCAAGAGGCUCCUGGAGUUCAUCAUCCCAGAGCUCAACCUCCACUGCCUGCGCCUGGCCUCCACCUCACCCAAGGUCCGAGACACCCUGCUCAAGCUGGACGAACAAGGGCUGAACUUCCAGAGGAAGGUGGGGGUGAUGUACUGCCGUGCAGGCCAGAGCUCUGAGGAGGACAUGUAUAACAACGAGAGCUCGGGGCCGGCCUUCGAGGAGUUCCUGGAUCUGCUGGGGGAGCGGGUGAAUCUGAAAGGCUGGGAGAAGUACCGAGCUCAGUUGGACACCAAGACGGACUCCACAGGGACCCAGUCCCUCUACACACACUACCAGGACUAUGAGGUGAUGUUCCAUGUGUCCACCAUGCUGCCCUACACGGCCAACAACACACAACAGUUGCUGAGAAAGAGGCACAUUGGGAAUGACAUAGUGACCAUAGUGUUCCAGGAGCCAGGGGCUCUGCCCUUCACUCCUAAGGCCAUCCGCUCCCAUUUCCAACAUGUCUUCAUCAUCGUCCAGGUGGAACAGUCCUGCUCUGACCAUACCUACUACAAGGUGGCGGUGACACGCUCCAAAGACAUCCCGUUAUUUGGGCCUCUGUUCCCUAAGGGUGCUCGAUUCCCCCGUUCCCCUGCCUUCAGAGACUUCCUGCUGGCCAAGGCGGUGAAUGCUGAGAACGCUGCCGAGAAGGCAGAGAAGUUCCGCUCCAUGGCCACCCGGACACGACAGGAGUACCUGAAGGACCUGGCAGAGAACUACGUGACCACCACGCCAAUCGACUCCUCCACCAAGUUCCCCCUGCUGUCCCUGGGGAGCAAACGCAAAGACAAACUGAAGGGGGCCAAGGGGGCAGAGCUGCACAGUGCUGGGGCAUUGGUCUGGGCUGUGAUGGCCACCAGUGGGAAUGAGGGGGAGACAGGAGGACACAAGCUGCCCUGUCUACUGGGGGUCUCAGCUGAAUCAGUGGUGCUGAUCGAGAGAUACACACGGAGGGUGGUGUUCAACUGCUGCUGCCGCGAUGUGAUUGGCUGGAAGGCAGUGAUAGACAGCAGGGCCAUAGGCGGGCCUUGCCUGGAUAUCUUCUAUGAGAGGGGGGAGGCUGUGUCAAUCAAUGUGAUGGACAGCCAGGCGGAGGAGAUACGGGAGAUGGUGCAGAGACUGGAGUUGGUGACGCGGGGGUGCGAGGCACGGGAGGUGACCCCCCUGCGUGACGGGGUCGGCCAGCCAGGCUUCCUGAUGAGCGAGGAGGGCUUUGUGACGGAUCUGCAGCGGUUCGGCUAUGCGGAGAGCGGGGGUCUGCAGCUGGGGGCACGGGUGGUGCGUCUGUGUGGCCACGCCCUGGUGCACCUAGGACCAGAGGAAAGAACCAGACUGCUCCGCACCGCCCACAAGAUCCACAUCACCGUCAUCCCUCCAGAUGAGAACGGCAAGCCCCGCAGGAGUUUCUCAGAGUUAUACCAGAAAGCCAUCCAGGAUGCAGAGCGUAAGCCUGGGGAGGGCCAGUCUGGAGAGGCCUGGGUGCUGGACGAGAGGGAGGAGGAGGAAGAGAUGGAGGAAGAGGAGCGGGAACAGGGAGAGGGGAAGGAGGCGGAGACGAUGGAGGGACCAGCAGAGGGAGGAGAGGCUGAGGACAGGCUGUCAGAGACUGGACAGGGUGAGGAGGACCAGGGCUCCCUCCUCUCCCCACCCAGCCUGCCUCUGUUACGGGCCACCUCCCUGCAGGACCACCCACUCAACCAGACCGUGGAGAUCACCCCCUCCCAGCUAACACGCAGCUACUCCCUAGAGAGGCACCCGUCCUGCCGAGACACAUGUGACAGGCAUGUGUAUGACAACGUGGGUGUGAAGUUGAAACAUCACAUCUAUGAGAACCCAGGGGAGCUGAGAGACGCCACGCCUGACCUCAUCCUGGCUGUCAAACCCAAGAUGCCCCUGGACGAGGAGCAGGCACAGAGACACACACAGUUUGUGGGGGCUGAGUUGGGUGAGGAGAGGCCAUCAGCGAGUGACCCCUCCCUGUCCUCCACCCGGUUGUCAUGUCUGAACAGAGCGGAGAGAAACUCCCGAGCCCUGAGCCUACACAACUCCAUCACCAAGAUCCUGUCGGAGACCACAGAUUCCUCAGAGGAGGAGUGGCAGUCUAUAGCUGAUCUAGCCACAGCAUGCCGCAGCAUCCUAGAAGCCCUGUCACGUGAAGCAGGAGAUGGGACCCAAGGAGCAGACUCCCUGACAGAUGGCAAGCUAAAGGACAUGAAGGACAGUGACUCACCGGGCCACCUGGAGGAGAAGGUGUCCCAGCUGGAGGACAUGCUGAAGAGGCUGCAGGACGACUUGCAAAAGGAGAAGGAGGACAAGGCGGUGCUGCAGGCCGAGGUGCAGAGCCUCAGGCAGAAUAACCAGCGGCUGCAGGAGGAAUCCCAGAGCACCGUGGCCCGCCUCAUCAAAGUCACCGAGCUGCUGUGCAAUGUCAACAAGCCCUGCUAGCUCUGUCACAGUACACACUAUGUGUACACAGACACACAAACAAGAUCACACACAAACAAACGCACACAAACAAACAAACGCAGACAAUCAAGAUCAUAAACACAUUCCGGACACACCACAUUCAAUAUUGUAUACAAACACCCCAUGCACAAUACAUCAACAUACUCUAUUACUGUUGCUCACUGUAUAUUAAUACAGACACACACACACACACACAUAUGCAUAAUACUCUGCAUUCUGUAGAAGGAUAUUUGAACUCUGGACCAGCCCAUGAGUGUCAAACCAACUGAAAAACAACCCUGAGUCAUUUCUCACCAUCUGAUGGUCUUCUCAAUAGCUUGACCAGUUGAGAGGCAUAUCCAGGGUUGCUCUUUACCCAAUAGUGUGUUUCUUUGUACCUUUCUUUGAGUGUGCGCGUGCGUGCAUCACCAUGGUUAUUUUAUCUUGCUUCACAUACUUGACAAGUUGGGCAGAAUAGCAAUUGCGUAAAGCUACCCAAUUGAUUUAGAUGAAGAGACACAUGUGCAGCAUGUUUGAUGGCUGUUUAUUUCAAUUGACCCAAAGUGUGUGUACAGUAUGUAAACAGUAGUCUCUCUCCUCUCUGCUCAACCCUCUCCAUGAUAUGCAACGUCUCGGACUGAGAACAAACAGCUCAGCUGUGCACCAUUAGAGGGGAUGGCCUUGGAGCUACAUAGGGAAAAUGACAUGCAUGCAGCCUGCUUGAAAAGACGGACUGAUGCAUACUGACCCUUCCUCUCUCUGCCAACCUGCUCACAGAAUGGGAAUGAGAUGCAAUUUAGUUAUAAGGGAAUUGACUCACCGAAUGCACUCAGAGAGCUGGUGGUGUUCCGUGCAAGUACUUGAGAUGGAUAUGGAAGUGGAUAAUACCUUGGAUGAGGAUGAAACAAUGGAACUUUAUCCCUUAAAGAAUGGCUGUAGAAGCUACACUGUAGAAAGGACGCCUCCUGCUGGACUGAGCCAUGCAUUGCCACACGGCAGCUCUCCUUUCAAAGAAAAAAAACAUUGUAGAGAUUUAAUGUAAACUGAACAGGAUUCCUUUAGUGAACACAGCCAUCUGUGUUCAAUUAUAUUUUGUGUUUGUUUGUUUGCUGGCUACAAUGAUACUUCAGUGUAUUUGAAAUUGACUCGGAAAGGUUCUAGAGUGGUUGACUGGGUGAGGGAUUCCCUCAUUUCAUCUUUCUGUGUGUGUACCUACUGUAUGUGUUUCUGCGUUGUUUUUGCACUUUUAGCAUAACCUAUAUGGGCAUGGGCCAGGGCACUAUUUAACCUCCUGCCCAGGUUUAUGCCUUGCUUGAAAAAUGAAAGUGGAUUUGAUCUCACCCCACCUCAUCUUCAGGUGCACUGCUGAUGACGCCAAUAACAAUAUGAGAUCAGAGGAGGACGGGAUUAUUCCUCCUCCAAGACUGUUCUGCCAAAAGACGCCAGGGCAGAUCUCCUACACCCCACUCAGACCACUGGACCCAGCUGUGACACGCCCAAAAUAACUAGACUUAAAAUUUGGAAGGAAUGCCAAACAAUCGUCAAUCACACUGUCUCAAUGCUCCUUUUUAAAGACCUACCCUUUUACUUCCUCUUGUGAUUUUAUUUUAGAGUCACUGUGAUUGCCCGGUACCAGCAGAUUACAAUAUAUUCUAAUUAAAUAAAACAUCUAGACUUUAUCUAUAUGUGAAGAUGA